AUGCAGUGCUCACCGGAUCCAGAAGAAACGACGCAAGUUGCGUUGCACGACCUACCCGCCUUCAAUGAAGCGCUCGAUCCGUACGGACCGGAAGGUCAUUUGGCUCUUGACAUUGAUUUUUUCUCCAAAUUCAUGUCACGCACCGACAACCGGAUCGUUUCGAAGCCGUGCAUUGUGCGCGGAAUACCGUGGCGUAUUCUCGCCAUUUGCAGGUAAGUUCGUCGUGAACGAAGACACGCAGUCCAUCUAAAAAGUGUCUUUACCGCGUUUCCAGAGUGCAACAGGGUAACCGACAACCGAUGGGUUCCAGAAAUCGCCCCAAUUACAACUUUGGCUUCUUCCUGCAGUGUAACAACGAUGACAUCCUACAGAAGCGCGGAAUAUGGCGCUGUUACGGGUCCGCCACGCUGGAAGUGCUCAACGCAGACGGGCCUUCCAUGCAGAAGAAAAUUCAUCAUUCGUUCCACAACUCAGAAGUCGAUUGGGGCUUUUCCAACUAUGACACGUACGAUACGCUGGUCAACAAGAAGGAGGGAUACGUCGUCAACGACACGAUUCGGCUUCGUUGCCAUUUCACAGCCGACGUGCCGUCUGGAGCCAACUACAUGUACGUUUUUCUUAAUAAAUAUUAUAAAUUUCAAACUUUUUCCAGGUGGGACAGUAAACGACACACAGGAUGCAUUGGACUGCGCAAUCAGGGUGCCACGUGCUACAUGAACUCGAUAUUGCAAGCGUUCUACUUCACCACCGGCUUCCGACGCGCCGUCUACAACAUGGAAGUGGGCACGGAACCAUCGGAGAGCAACAUCGUACUUGCCAUGCAGAGAGUCUUCUACGAGCUACAGGUUGUAAGGAAAAUUGUCUUUUUUGAAUGACUUUAUUCGAAACUUUCAGAUGUCGAACGAUGCAGUGGAGACGAACAGUCUGACGAGGGCGUUCGGAUGGGACAAACUGGACGCCUUCAACCAGCACGACGUCCAGGAGUUCUGCCGUGUUCUGCUCGACAAUCUGGAGACGAAGAUGAAGAACACGUCGGAGGAGAAGUCUAUUCCGAAUCUGUUCCGGGGCAACAUGAAGUCGUUCAUAAAAUGUACAGACGUGAACUACGAGAGCUCGCGCACAGAGUCCUUCUACGACGUGCAGCUCAACGUGCUCGGAAUGGAGAGUCUCGAGCGGGCGUUCGAAGCGUACACAGCCGUCGAAGUGCUCGACGACGACAACAAGUAUGACGCCGGCGACUACGGAUUGCAGAGGGCGGAGAAGGGAGUGAAAUUCGUCGAGCUUCCUCCCAUUCUUCAUGUACAGCUGAUGCGGUUCCAGUACUGCGGUGUCGAGCAGAAGAUCAACGAGAAGUUCUCGUUUCCGGAGAAGAUGAACCUGGCCAAGUGUUGCGAGCUGAGCGAUAUGCUCGCCGAAGAGGAUUGUGUGUACAGUCUCCACGCGGUGCUUGUGCACAGCGGAGAAUUCCACGGAGGACACUACGUCACCUACAUCAACGUUAAUCUGUACGAGUCGACUGUCGACUCGACGGUGCCGUCGAAAUGGUGCAAGUUCGAUGAUGACGUCGUCUCGCGGACGACCACCGACGACGCGAUCGCUUCGAACUUUGGAGGAGAGAAGGCGAUCAACUCGUCCGCGUACAUGCUCGUCUACGUGCGCGACAAUGCCAUUGACCAGGUGCUCGCGCCGAUUCCGAACACUCAGAUUCCGCAGUCGGUGUCGAGAACGUUCGAGCUGGAGCGUCUGCACCGCAAUCGAGAGAAGAAGAAACUGGAGGAGGAGCAGCUGUGCAUGACGAUCGCGCUCGUCACGCCCGACGUCAUCGGCAACCAUCACUCGUUCGAUCUCAUCGACAACAGCACCAUACACGAUUGUCUGCCGCACGAGACCGCCUGGAAGCACAUGUACACGGCGGAACUGUAUCAGUUCGUGCAGGACAGACUGUUCCAAAAAAGUGACGUGCCGCCGAUCGACAUGUUCGAUUCUGACGAGGAGACGCUGCAGGCGCGCAAGAACUCGAUUCGUGCCAUCAAUCCGGACACGUUCAAAUUCCGUUUGUGGCGCAUGACCGACGGCUACGGGUUGGACAGACUGGACAGACUCAACCAGAAGCUGUCGAGCAAACUGAGACCGAUGGAGGUGAGUGGAUUGAUGGGACGGUUGGCUUUAAUUAAAAUUACACUUUUUUCAGUUUAUCCCAUGCAAGAAGGACCAGCGUCUAGACUCUCUUCUCAACAGCGACUUUGAGACGCUCUACGUCGAGUACUCGAACGAUUCGUCGACUCCACGCCAGAAGUACGACAUUCAGAGUGAGUGUCGCUAUUUGAAGUUCUAAAUAGAUCUAUGAAAAGUUGCAGACGAGAUUCUGUUCUUUAUCAAAUACUAUAAUCACAUGACCGACAAACUGUGCAUGGUCGGACACAUAAUGCUGCAGGGACAGCGCAAGUUCCCGUUCUAUCAGGAGAAGAUCAACGAGAUGAUCGGACUGGCGAAGAACACCGAGCUGAAGUACUACGUGGAGCACGCGCCGAACUACGUCGAGCCGUACGACGAGACGAUCAAGAUGCCAAUCGGCAAGAUGGUCGACGAUCAGGACGGAAGUAUUGUGAUUGUGGAGAAGGCCGAGUUGUCGCUCGGCAAGUCGGCGAAGCAGAAGAUGACGGAGCUGUUCCUCGACGUGAACAUUGAAUUCGUGCAGACGUUCUACAACAAACAGCCCGACGACAAGCCGCACGACGUUUUCUUCAAGCGAUUCUGCCUCGACGACAAGCUGUUCACCGUGUGCGAGGAGAUCGGACGGCAGCUGAACGUGGAUCCGAAGAGAGUGCUUCUCUACACGAGACAGACGGGCACUCGCUUCGAAUGGUGCUUCGACGACUACAAACAGAUGACGUGCCGAUGUCUGACGACGAGACCGAAUCACGAUCCAAGAGUCUACAAAAAGUACCGUGCCUCGUACGUCAUCAUGCACUUUGACGUGGAAGAGAUAGCGCGUUGCCGUGCCACGUGCAAGCUCUUUUAUCAGGCGCCGUCCGGACAAAUCGAAGAGAUCACCUUGUUCCCGCUGAAAGACGGCUACAUUACCGAGUUGUUCAAAGAGGCUUCGCACACUUUUACGCCUUCGGAGAAUGGAUCUCACAAGUUCAGGUGAGCAAAGCCAGGAAAUGCUCUUCAAACAUUUUUUUUCCAGACUUCUUCAAAUCGGAAGCUCUCCGCUGAACAACCAGCGAGUCUACCAGGUCUACAGCGACUGCACGCUGAUCUCGGACGUCGAGCAGAGAGUUCUGUACAAGACGGUAAAUGUUUGUGAACGCGUCAAACGGUGCCGCCCAAAUCAUGAUCCGCAUUUCCAGCAACACCUUCAAUGCCGUCUCGAAGAGAUACCGAUUGACGAGCUCGAAAUAAAGCCCGGCGAGUUUCUGUGUCCCGUCGUCCACUUCGAUCGCGAGCCGAGCAAGCUGUUCGGCGUCUCGUUCGUCGUCAAAAUACGAAACGGCGAGCUGAUGACGGAGGUGCGCGAGCGGUUGCGCAAGAAGUUGCCCGACGUGACGGACGCCGAAUUUGCCAAGUACAAGUUUGCAUUGCUCAGCAGAGACAAGGUACUGUAGUUGGGGAGAAUGAAGAACCUGUUUAAAUGUGAUCAACUCUUCUAGGUGUGCCGUUACAUAGAAUUCAACAAUACCGACAAGGUGAACCUGGCGGAUAUGGCCAACCACACCACCGGAGGUACAGUACUAUCACACAAUAUUUCAUCGCAAAUUGAUCAAUUUCAGUGCCUCAAGUGUACAUUGGCCUGGAUCACAAGUCGCCGAACCAGCACACGAGCGAAGCGGCCAUCAGGAUUCUGAACUGA